AUGACUGUAUCAAGUCCUCAUUCCCCGCGGCCUCUACGCCCGAACGAGCGCAUCCUGACCAACGAAGACGGCGGCAUCGACACCCCUGCCCGCGCUCCGUCUCCAGUCCACAAGUUUGGCACGCUCGCCGUCCACGCAGGAUCACCUCAUGAUCCCACAACGGGCGCAGUCAUCGAACCUAUCUCCUUGUCCACUACAUUCGCUCAAACCGCUGUCGGCAAGCCGAUCGGACAGUACGAGUACAGCCGCAGUUCGAACCCGAACCGCGACAACUUUGAAGAUGCGGUCGCUGCGCUCGAACAUGCCCGAUACGCCCUGGCAUUCGCUUCAGGCUCCGCGACGACCGCGACGAUCCUCCAGUCCUUGGCCGCUGGCUCACAUGUGAUUUCCGUGUCGGACGUCUAUGGCGGAACCCAUCGAUACUUUACAAAAGUCGCCCUUGCGCACGGAGUCGAAGUGACUUUCUCCCCCUCAAUAGAGCUGGACGUUGAAGAGUUGAUUCGGGAACAAACAAAACUCAUUUGGAUUGAAAGCCCGUCAAACCCGACCUUGAGUCUGGUUGAUAUUCGAAACGUGGCUACCGUUGCCCAUCGGCAUGGCAUCUUGGUGGUCGUCGACAACACAUUCCUGUCCCCAUACGUGCAGAAUCCUCUUGAUCAUGGCGCCGACAUCGUGGUCCACUCCGUGACAAAAUACAUCAACGGGCACUCCGAUGUGGUGAUGGGCGUUGCGGCGUUCAACUCGGACGAGCUCAAAGAACGAUUGUCGUUCUUACAGAACGCAAUCGGAGCGGUUCCUUCUCCAUUCGACUGCUGGCUCGCCCAUCGCGGUCUGAAAACACUGCAUCUCCGCGCUCGCGAGGCAAGCAAGAACGCCCUUACUGUUGCCAAAGCUCUCGAAGCGUCACCUCAUGUCAUUGCGGUCAACUAUCCUGGUCUCGACUCCCAUAAGCAGAGGGCCAUUGCCAUCAAACAACACCGAGAGGGACUAGGCGGCGGUAUGCUCAGUUUCAGACUAAAGGGCGGACACGCUGCUGCUGAACGGUUCUGCCAGCAAACCAGGAUCUUCACUCUGGCAGAAAGUCUAGGCGGUGUUGAAAGUCUCUGCGAGGUCCCCAGUGCGAUGACCCAUGCUGGCAUUCCCAAGGAACAGCGCGAGGCUAUUGGAGUCUUCGAUGAUCUUGUCAGAUUGAGUUGCGGUGUUGAGGACGCCGACGACUUAAAGAAGGACGUGCUGCAGGCUCUGGAGAAGGCUGUGGUUGGACCAAAGAUCUCCAAUGGUGUCAACGCUGCCAAUGGACCAUUGCCGAAGAGAUAG